AUCGUUAUCAUUUACCAUUAAUUAUUGUUUAUAAAUUAUCAUUAUACCACGGCGGUUAUAAUACAAGAUGUACUGAUUACUGCUGGCCCCGCGAACGUGGGCUACAUAAUAUUCAUUAUGGGCAAGUCUGACCUUGAAGCCUACUUAGUACUGUUGUUGGUCGCGUCUGCUGCAGCGGACGUCGGCGAGGACUACGAUUACCCGUACACAGACUUCUUCCCGGAGCUGUCAGCCCAGCCCUCGGGACUGGACACCACGGACGCAGAUUCCGACGAAAUCCACGAGCUUCGGUAUGUCGACUGCAUGACAGUACCGAAGUUGGCCACGGUCCGUGACGACUUGAGCUUGCUAUUUAGGUCCACGCCACUACCGCGACCGUCACCAAUCAACCCACGAAUAAACACAAGCGGAGCCGACCGCGGGUUGCGGCAGACGCAGCAUGCUUCAUAUUUCGAUAAUAUGGAGUCGGACGUGAUGAUGAUACCCAUUGUAAAUCGCGUUCGGACGAGCACAACUAAACGAUCAACGUUAUUGGUAAUUUCAUCAAAUCACGUUUUUGACUUCCGGUGGAAUGAUUUGAUAAAAAAGACUAAGAAAAUACCACAAUAG